AUGGGGUUGUUUCUCAGUCAGGCUCGGCUCUCGGGCUGGCAGCUGCAGGAAUUCCGGGAGUACCAGGUCCUCUUUGCGGAGCAGCCCCCGCUGGUCGUCAGCUCUGCUACUCUGGACCCUGUUAAGCAGCUCCACCAAACCUGGUGGGGGCAAGGAAGAGGGAUGCAGUUGGGCUGGCACAACACCACACCCCUUCUCCCCCAGCCUCCCUCUCCUCUCCCUCAUCCCUGGCUCACUCCUCCCCGGCUGAGGAUCAGCCCAUACUGCUCCCCUGGGUGUUCUCUCCCCCACCACCCCCAGCCCCAGGCCCCUGCCCCUUACUCCCUCUCAGAAAGGUCCAGGAAGUUCCUUCCCUGCCCCCAACCGUCCCCAGAACCAAGGAUGGCCCGGCACCUUCAAUGUCGCACGUGUGACGCUUCCCAGUGCUCCUGGGCCCCUCGGCCACAUGGGGCUUGGGCAGAUAAUCUGAGUGACACAACCUUGGGGGCGCAGAGCCUGUGGGCCCCUGUACCUGGAAGAGUGUCCAAGACGAGUCUCUGGGCGGAUACAGAGCUCACAAGCUUCUCCAGAUCUAGAGUCCGCUUCUCACCUGACUGUAGGGGCACAGGGUCAGGGGUUGGGAGAGAUCAGGGCUCCCUCUGGGCUCAGCUCAAGGGCCGCCUCCUACAGAGGGUCUUCCUGGAUGCCCACAGGAUCGGGGUAAGAGGCGGGAGCCGGCGCGCGCUGGCCCGCUUGUUCCCGCUGUUGUUCCUGCUCGGGUUGGCGGCCCGCGGUUCUGCUCUCUACUUCCAUAUCGGGGAGACGGAGAAGAAGUGCUUCAUCGAGGAGAUCCCGGACGAGACCAUGGUCAUAGGGAACUACCGGACCCAGCUGUAUGACAAGCAGCGGGAGGAGUACCAGCCUGCCACCCCCGGCCUGGGCAUGUUCGUGGAGGUUAAAGACCCGGAUGACAAGGUGAUUCUUUCUAGGCAAUAUGGCUCAGAAGGCAGAUUCACUUUCACUUCUCACACUCCUGGAGAGCACCAGAUCUGCCUACACUCCAAUUCCACCAAGUUUUCCCUCUUUGCUGGAGGCAUGCUGAGAGUUCAUCUGGACAUUCAGGUAGGCGAACAUGCCAACGACUAUGCAGAGAUUGCUGCCAAAGACAAGCUGAGUGAGCUGCAGCUUCGAGUUCGACAGCUAGUGGAACAAGUGGAACAGAUCCAGAAGGAGCAGAACUACCAGAGGUGGCGAGAAGAGAGGUUUCGCCAGACCAGUGAAAGCACCAAUCAGCGAGUUCUGUGGUGGUCCAUUGUCCAGACUCUCAUCCUUGUGGCCAUUGGUGUCUGGCAGAUGAGGCACCUCAAGAGUUUCUUUGAAGCCAAGAAGCUGGUGUGAAGGGCCCAGGACAACAGGGGCAAGUGAGAGUUUCUUCCCAGAAUGCAGGAUUCAUGGGACUGUCUUUGGCUUACCCUGCCCCUACAUCCAGCCACAGCUGAUGCCCCUCUACUGGCUCUGCUGGGAAGUGAAAAGCCUGGGACAUCUUCGGGCCUCCCAGGGCAGGUCCCCUUGCUCCCAUUCAAAGUGAAGGGGCUUGGGGAUUGGUUUCUUUCUGUCAGUGCAGGGAAGAGAAUGGGUUUCCAAUCAAAAGGAAGCCUACUCUCCUCCCCUGGCUAACUUUGCCUCUGCCUUUGACUGACCCUUUGGACAGAGUCAGAAGGCUCACCCUGGAGGAUGCUUGCAAAUAGCUUUAUUGUCUUGCUGAAUAGGUGCCUGGACUGAGUCUGGAGCUUCCCACUUGGGCUGGGUGCCCUUUGCUGGGGCUCUUUGCAGUAAUGCCCCUGGGGAAUGGGCCUAAGAGAAAUGGCUGCUGGUGAAAGGGACUAUGGGCCAUUCAGCACUUCACCAACACCAGUGUUAACUUUUCAGGGAUUGAGAGCUGGCUUUUGAUUUCCUUUUGUCUUCCUUUGUUGACUUGAGUCUUUGAAAUUAGGCAGGACUGCAGACAGCUUGGGGUCUUUCUUAUUCUCUCACUUUGACCUGUUGGGUCUGGGCUCUCCCUAGUACGAAACCUCUCUCAGGUAGAGUUUGACCCCAGUGAAAUUCGUAGUGGGGAAAUGGGACUGUGGCAUGGGUGAAUUGAUUUCAUUCAGCCCCUUUAAGAGUUCACUUUAUCCUCUCUUGGUUCUGGGCUAAAGGGAAUAGAGUCAGGCAAAGUGACUUUCUGCACUGGGUAGAGGGGGCGGGUUAGAGGAAUUUUAGUUACAGGUUUCAUUGUGAAUACCUCUUGGUUUAUUACAUGGAUUUCCCAAUAAAAACAUUUUUGGCCUGGUGUCCUGUCUUAAUCCAGAUAUUUACCAAGGUCUCCUAAAGUUUGGAACACCCUGUCCGGUGCUCAGUUAUGCUGUGGGGUUAUGAAAAUAAAUAUGAACUCGUACGCUUUCAAGGAAUCUCUGUUUGGAGAGACAAGAACUCUUUGUGAAAAGUUAACAGUAAUUACAAAUACAUGCCUAUAGAACUAGAA